AUGCGUUUCGCACACGCGAUAGUCGGCGCACUCUGCGCAGUCGUGGCAUAUGCACAGAACAAUAAUGCCAUCAGCAUUCCUGGCGGUCAGGGUACUCUGGACGUGACGGCAGGCCAACCCCUUACAAUAGAAUGGACCAAUCCCUCAAGCGGCACGGUUACCAUCAAGCUGCAGCAAGAUCCCAUCACCCCUGAUUCCGGUGUGGUCCUGGCGUCAAACAUCCCUGCCUCUGCCCUGACCGCAACUCUUCAAAUUCCUCCUGCGGAAGACGUCAACUCCCACGUCUACACGAUUGAGAUCAUUGAUGACACUAACCCCAACAACAUCAACUUCUCUCCCAACUUCGGCAUCCAAGGCGCUACUGGAACUGCCACUGGUGUCGCCACUGGCACUGCCACCUCCACCGGCACUGCGACCACCUCUGGCAGCACCGAUACCUCAUCCGGCACGACCACUGGCACGGACUCUUCAACAAUUACAUCGACGGACAGCCUCACCUCCUCGGAAACAACGACAGCGAGCAGCAGCGACAGCAGCAGCAGCAGCGAGAGCUCCGCGAGCACCACCAGCUCUGAGCAGACGACCACCUCAACGAGCUCUGCUUCUCCAACCGAAACCACUCCGGCUCCGGAUUCCAACAGCAACGGGGCCGGCAGCUUGAAGUUCCAGGGAAGUCUGAUGGCCAUGGCCGUUGGAUUGGUUGCUGCCUUGUAA